GGCUCAUUAUUCGCGCAUAUCUCGACUCUGGUACAUUUUCAAAUCGCUAUCGCGCCGUUUAACGCGUUCUUCGGUCGGUUUGCGGCUGCUGCUGCUGCUGUUGUUGUUGUGGAUCGUUCAAGUGUGCGGUCUCGUUACUAAGUUUCAUUCUAGCUCGAGAGUUUUCCGGCGAUUUCGUUUUCGUUGAAGAGAUCGUGCUCCGGCUGUUGAUAAUCGUCGUGUUUUUUCAUCCAUCGAGUUCUAUAAAAACAAAGACGUGAUGUCUCUUUCCAAGACGACCAAGUCGUACAGUUAUCGGUCGACGGGUGGCGGUGGAAAUGCCGAUAUCAACAUCGAAUACGCUUCCGAUUUAGGAGCUUUGUCCAGAUUAGAAGACAAAAUCCGACUCCUUCAAGAAGAUUUGGAAUCAGAACGAGAACUCCGUCAAAGGAUAGAACGUGAAAAAGCCGACUACAGCGUUCAAUUGAUCACAUUACAAGAACGUUUGGAAGAAGCAGAAGGUGGAGCCGAAAGUCAGUACGAAAUAAACAAAAAAAGAGAUACCGAAUUAUCGAAAUUGAGAAAACUUCUCGAAGACGUACACUUAGAAUCUGAAGAAACCGCAGCUUUAUUGCGAAAGAAACAUCAAGAAGUAGUCAAUGAUUUCCAAGAACAGCUCGACCAAGUUGCCAAAGCCAAAGCUAGGGCUGAAAAAGACAGAGCUAAAUUCCAACAAGAAGUCUACGAACUCUUAUCGCAGAUCGAACUCAUCAACAAAGAUAAAUUAGUAUCUGCAAAAACAAUCGAAAAAUUAGAAAUCACUAUUCACGAAUUAAACGUCAGAAUCGAAGAAAUAAACCGAACAGUAAUCGAUAUCACAUCGCACAAAACUCGACUUUCGCAAGAAAACAUCGAACUGGUUAAAGAAGUACAAGAUAUUAAAAUCCAAAUCGAAAACGUGAGUUAUUUGAAGAGUCAAAUCGCCGGUCAACUCGAAGACGCUAGAAGACGAUUGGAAGACGACGAACGACGACGUUCCUUAUUGGAAGCUAGUCUUCACCAAGUUGAAACCGAAUUAGAAUCGGUUCGCGUGCAAUUAGAAGAAGAAUCCGAAGCUCGAUUGGAUCUCGAAAGACAGUUAGUCAAAGCUAACGGAGAUGCUCAGACAUGGAAAUCCAAAUACGAUACCGAAGCAGCUGCACGUGCUGAAGAAGUUGAAGAACUUCGACGCAAAUACUCAGCUCGUCUUCAAGAACAAGAAGAACACAUCGAAACACUCAUUGUGAAAAUCAACAACUUGGAGAAACAGAAAUCUCGCCUACAAAGCGAAGUCGAAGUUUUGAUCAUCGACUUGGAGAAGGCUAAUGGAACAGCUCGCGAAUUGCAAAAACGUGUCGAACAACUCGAACGCAUCAAUAUCGAUUUGAAGACUCGUCUUGACGAAACCACUUCGUUAUUCGAGCAAGCUCAACGUGACUUACGUAACAAACAAGCCGAAUUACAACGUUUGACCCACGAAUUGGACAAAACCAGGGAACAGAAAGAUGCUCUUACUCGUGAAAAUAAGAAAUUGGCUGACGACCUCCACGAUGCCAGAAACACCAUCACCGAACAAAACAGAAGACUGCACGAACUUGAAAUCGAACUACGCAGAUUAGAAAACGAAAGAGAAGAAUUGAGCGCCGCUUAUAAGGAAGCUGAAGCUGGACGCAAAGCAGAAGAAUUGAGAUCUCAAAGAUUAUCUGCUGAACUUGCACAAUUCCGUCAUGAAGCUGAGAAACGUUUGGCCGAAAAGGACGAAGAAAUCGAAUCUAUUCGCAAACAAACCGCCAUCGAAAUCGAACAACUCACUGCUCGCGUCGUCGAAGCUGAAACGAAAUUGAAAACCGAAGUUACUCGCAUCAAGAAGAAAUUCCAAAUACAAAUCACCGAAUUAGAAAUGUCUCUCGACGUAGCAAAUAAGAACAAUUUAGAGUUACAGAAAACAAUCAAGAAACAAUCGUUACAACUUACGGAAUUACAAGCUCAUUAUGACGAAGCUCAAAGACAACUCGCUGUUACAAUGGAUCAAUGCGCUAUCGCUCAACGUAAAGUACAAUCCUUGACUGGUGAAUUAGAAGAGAUCCGAGCCAACUACGAUUCGGCCUUACGCAGCAAACGCCAAAUUGAACAAUUAUACGAAGAAGCUCAAAGCAGAAUUAACGAAUUAACCACUAUCAACAUUAAUCUCGCAGGAUCACGUUCCAAACUUGAACAAGAAUUAACUCAAGUUGCCACCGAUCUGGAAGAAGCACACAAAGAACUUAGAAUUUCCGACGAAAGAUACCAACGCAUAACAGUUGAACUCAAACACACCGUUGAAAUCUUACACGAAGAACAAGAAAGAAUCAUCAAGAUAGAAGCUAUCAAGAAAUCGUUAGAAAUUGAAGUGAAAAACUUAUCUGUCAGACUGGAAGAAGUUGAAGCCAAUGCCAUUGUCGGUGGUAAACGCAUCAUCAGCAAAUUGGAAGCUAGAAUUCGUGAUAUGGAAGUAGAAUUAGACGAAGAAAAACGCAGACACGCUGAAACCAUUAAAAUCUUGCGUAAGAAAGAACGUAAUCUUAAGGAAAUUUUGAUCCAAAAUGAAGAAGAUCACAAAAAUGUUCAAAUUCUUCAAGAAGCUUUGGAUAAGACUAGCCAAAAAGUGAAUUUGUACAAGAGACAAUUGCAAGAAACGGAGGGAAUGAGCCAACAAAACGUUACCAGAGUACGAAGAUUCCAACGUGAAUUGGAAGCUGCCGAAGACCGAGCUGAUGCUGCUGAAAGUAAUUUAUCUUUGAUUAGAGCUAAGCAUCGUACAUUCGUUACAACAAGCUCUGUUCCUGGUUCGCAAGUCUAUUUAGUUCAAGAAACUAGAAACACAACUACAACUGAAUCCUUCUAAAUAUAAAAAUCAUUAUGCUUAACACUACGUCUACUUAUUUUUACUCAAAAAUUUUCAGUUUUGUUUCUAGUUUACUUUUACAAUCGCCGAAUUUGAAAUCAAAAGUCAAACCCCAAUAAACGAGUAAUCUUGUGUUUUACAUUACAAUAAGUAAAUUUACAAUAAAAAUGAAAAUUUUGUUCUCGAAAGUGUAUUGAUAUGUAUUUGUAGGUACCUAUUUUGAAAUGUACCAUAGGCACACCACAAACAUUUCGAUGUAAAUGAUACUUAACUAUUUUUAUACACACAUCACUAACGUUCUUAAUUUGAUUUUGGAUAAUUUGUUUCAAUUUUUUGUCAAUACAACAAAUUAUUGUUUUAUUGGUAAGAAAUCAGAAAAAAAGAUCAGAAUCACAUAAAUUGCACUAGUGACAUAAUGACCCACAGCGAUUACUCGCCCAUCGUGGUUUUCAAAAAUGUAUUCGGCGCCCACUCACUUAUGGUACAAUACCUACAUACUACGAUGUAUACUCUUUCUCAAGUAAUCCAAUAAAAUGUUUCAAAAUUGAA